UUAAUUUUUAAUUUAAGAUAAUUAAAUUUUAGCUGAAGUUUAUUUAUUGAAUCAGAAGCUUAAAGGAAUCUUUGCUUAUUCAGUAACCAGACAUACCAUUGUGUGUUUAAAUUCAAAGAAGAGUCAGGUUUAGAAAGUUAAGAAUUUAUUACUCACAAUUUUUAAAAGGACAAUUUGAAACAGCUUGAUAUUAAACUUGUUAUUAAAAGCAAACCUGUGUCUGGAUGGAAAGCUAAAAUGAAAUACGAGGUUUGGAUGCGUGAAUGAUAUCUCAGAAGAUUUCUUUCAGAGAGAGAAAGUGUUCUGGGUGGACUUGAAGGAAAGGGAGGAGUCGAAGAUGAUGCUGAGAUUACGGACUGUAGAGGAGGGAGUCACUGUGAGACCUUCAGUUUGUAGAGAAAUCUUUUAAACUGAGGGUAGGAGAGAUUUGGGACCAGUUAUGAUGAGUUAUAAUGAGAUUAGCAGCAUAGCGUGUGAGAGACAGACUGUUUUUAACACGGAGGAGACUGAACCAUUGCUCUGACACUGGGUGUGGUCUUCCUGCUAUUUAAAUAGAGCACGCACAAUACCGCUGCCUCAGUAGAUGUGACAGGAUUGCUUAAGGGCUGGAAAAUGGAGUUUUGCGGGCCAAUUCUGGACCGCAGGCCACCUAUUGAAAGACACUGGUCUAGAACCUUAAGCAUCUCUUAUCAAAAGAUUUAAACUGAAACGAGUUUAGAUUUGAAACCGUAUCUAUUAUGUGGACAGUGCAUGGAAAUCAAGUUAAACACGUUAUUGUUUUUCAACAGUCAUUCAGUUAAAAUGCAGACGGGUUAUUCCCCGUUAGAAAGAGAACCGUUUACCCUUAAAGUCCAGGUUCCAUGCAUGUGUUUUGUGACAAGGGCGGGACGCUGGAAUGACAAUCAACCGUUGAAAGUCACAAAUUAGAAUAAUAAUCUUGCUCCAAACAAGUGAUUGUAAACGGCAGCAUCUUUGCUGAUGUAGCACUAGUGCGAUGAUCCACCCGACAGUUCAGACAAGAGAACGGCUCCAUAUCCUGUCUUCUACGUGUUUAGCAUGACUUGUGGCAAUCAUAGGUUUCCUACUCAGGUUAGGGGUUUUAAGUGUCACACACUAUGACCCUCUUUACAACCAAUCAAAAGCAACUCGAUGUUAAUACUGUUGUAAGCUUUUUUUUUUUGGGCUCAAAGUCAGUCUUGAUGAACCCCGCAGACGAUGCAGCUGCAUAUGAUCCUCUUUGGAGUCUCUGUGAUCCAGUCAGAGGCGGUUAAACAGGACGCUGGCGUGAGACCUUCCACCGUUGGGGAAAAUGUUACGUUGCAUUGCUUCUACAACAGCCAGUCGGCAAUGCACUUCUCCUGGUACCAACAGAUGCUAGGAGGCAAGCCCAAGCUCCUCUCCACGGUUUACAAAUAUGACGUUCCAUCCAAAACCCUUCGCCGGCUGGAGAAAACCCCCCGUUUCUCUGUGCAGACACGGGAGGGCAUAAAUCAUCUACACAUAUCUGAUGUUCACCUCUCAGAUGCAGCGACGUACUAUUGUGGAAGCUCACAUUCCAACACAGUGAAGUUUGGAGAAGGCGUGUUUUUGAGUGUUCAAGGAUCAAACAGCCCUGAAAACAUCCAGGAUUCAGUAUCUGAGACCUUCAGCUGUAUGAUACAGACCAAAACCUGUGAGGAAGGGCUCACCGCCCAGUGGCUCAGACACGGAUCUCAGCAGGGAGUCCUCCACACUCACAAGAAUAACCGUCGGUCCAUCUCAGCUAAAGACUCUCCUCCACAGAGUUGCGUCUACCACCUGCAGAACGAGAGCCUGGGCCCCGUGCGUGCUGGUGCAUACUCCAGUGCUGUAGCCUCCUGCAGCAGGAUGCUGUCUGGAAACGGAAGCAAGCUGCUAAUCGGGCAAAAUGCUGAAGAGCAAGCUGUCCAAUUGAAAGUCUUUCUCUGGCUCUCUGUUAUUAGAGGUGGGAUUGUCUUUCUUUGUGUUACAUUUAGUCUCCUUGCUUUUGUCAGAAAGAUCAAAUAAAUACUUUUAUUCUUGUAUGAUGUCCAAAACGUGGUGGAGCAGCAUUUUGGAUGUUACUCUAUCCUUAAUUAAACGUGAAACUAACUUGCUGUGCUCAGUUUAUUCAGUUCUAUCAAACAGGGACGGGUGGCUGGGCUGGACAGGAAUUUAAAUUAUCCUUGGUAUUUUGGACCAAAGUCCUCUCAUCCAAGAAGCAUCUUCAGUUCCUUAAACUUGGGUUGGGAGGAGGAGGCUCAUAGGUUACCCCCCAUCGCUUGUUUUAGACCACAACUCAAAAGCUGAAGAAGCUUCUUGGCUGAAAGGCAAAACGUCUGAAGGAAAACAAAAAGUUAGUUUGUGGUCAGUUAAGAUUGUCACGCCUUGGACGGCUGAGCAUCUGUACAAGCCAAGCCCCCACAAUGCAGGUGAAAAAUUUAAGCAAACACGGAAGUGACAUAAAUUGCAGUUCCACCCUCAUCCACUAGGGGCUGGUGUCAGAAGCGAGCAAAUCCUCAUUGACUCCCAUUUUAAAAAUACCUAUUUCACAGCAGAAAUAAACAUGUUUACAGACUGGUUCCAAAACAUGUUUUUGGUUUAAAUGAUCUAGUUUACACUCAUGACAACUCUGAGGGGGGUGAAUUUUUUUCUGACUCUUCUGUUUAAGUCAGGGGUGUCAAACUCAAACUCACAAGGGGCCGAAACAAAACUCUGGGACGGAGUCGAGGGCCAAACUUAAUAUUUUUUGAAAAAGUGACAGCAAAUUUGCACAUUUUCUUUAUCAACAUGUAUGCAAUUUUGAAUCUUUAAAUUCGGAAACAAACUUAUUUCUGCAUUAACACUGAAUGUGGAAUAACCAAAUGACACACGAGCAAGUCAGUUUUAAUUAAAAGGCAUCAGUGGUAUUCAUUACUUGUGGUAUAUUCAGCAUUUUUAAAAUCUAUUCAUGAUUUAUGUUUUCUUGUUUAUUCAUUUUUCUUAUUUUUUAUUCUCCUUUUUUCUCCUGUAAUAAGUGUCAUCGCUGCUGUGACCUCUAGUUUUCCCCACUGAGGAACAAUAAAGGGAUUUUCUAUUCUAUUCAUCUAUCUGCAGCCUUUCCACUUCCUGUUUACUGUAGGUUAAAUAUUUUCUCACGGGCCAACAACAAAAUAAAAAUGUAAUUUUAUCUUAAAUGAAAAUGCAACAUCUCACCUGUUAACUUUCAUGUUUUGGAGCAGAAAAAGAGCAUAAAACCAACAUAUUUAAAGCUCAGUUUGCUCCACUGGUUUACUGUGAUGCUCACCUGUUCCAGCCAGAUACCUGCAUCAUGGGGUUGAGCUGAGCUGAGGAGGAGACUCCUGUUGUUUUGUUCAUCUUCAUCAUAAUAAUGACAACAUUAGAUGACAACAGGUGCUCACAUAGGUUUGUGCUGAUGAACAUGUCUGAGCAGCUUGACCACGUUGUUGUGUGUCGGGGAGGAAAAUAACAACUACAGCAGCCACAGAGUCAUGCUGGUUUGAGCGUGUCGCUGUUCGCUGGAGUUAUAUCGGCUCUGUCUGGACGUUAGUUGGAAAACUUUCUCUUUCAGUCGUGAACACAUUACUAAGCGGCUAGAAUCUCCGUUUCUGGGCUUCAACGUCAGAAAACAGCUGAGUGAACUCGGUGCUGAGUGAGAGGAGUGUAGUUUGUCCGAGACAGCGGAGCUGCAGACACCGGCAGCAGACGCUGGAAAAAACACAAAGGAGGGGGCGCGUCGGCUCCGCGCUGACGCCACAAAGCAUCAUGGGAGUUGAAGUCUUUGCGGUAAAAUCGGCCAGCGGGCUAGUUUUAAUAUAUUUUUGAUAUUUAUCUCACAGGCCACAUGAAAAUUCUCCGCGGGCCUUGAGUCUGACAUAUGUGGUUUAAGUGUAUUAAAAGCCUAAAAUUCUGUAUAAUUAAUGAGCAUCAGACCCACGUGACCACAGAGCUAGCUCCAGCGAAAGGCCUCGAGCCUCGGCCUGGCCUGGAAACUGUUCCGGGAUUUUGAGUCUCUGUGUGUGUAUUCUUUCUUGGAUAUUUUUUGUGCAAUUGUUGGACAAAAUGACUUGCUGUGGUAUUAAUUGCACUAAUAGAGCGUCCAAGGAGUCUCCACUUCAUUUUUUUCGGUAAGUAAAAUUAUAUUUAUGUAUUUUAGGUCACUGCCGAGCUGAGCUUAGAUUUUAACAUGUACUGUUUAACCAUGAAAUUUAAAUGUAAUAGGGUAAAACCCAGUGCAUUUAACAUAAUGCUGCACUUUAGAAAAUGGGUUGAAAUAUAACAUGUUGGUGGAGCUGGGUUCCCACUAUCGGCUUGUGGAGCUCUCGGGAGACCGAUGUUUUCCACCCGGUUCUCCCCUCCCCGCAGCUCGGCGCAUCUCUGUCUGAUCGCGGCUUCUGUGUGCUGUGGGGCUGCCGGCUUGUGGAGGUCUCGGAGACCUCUGUGUUCCACCCAGUUUUACCCAGCGGUCAGCCCGGCGUAUCUCUGACUCAGAAGCUCUGGUGUUGUGCACAGUUAACUCUGGUUGUAGCUAGGUUGCUACCUCAGUUAGCUUAGCUCCCACCUCCGCAUUAGCUUUGGGUUAGCUUCAGGUAAGCUUGUAGCUAGUUCGACCGGGUGUCGUCAGUUGAUCCCAGCCUUACAGCCCCACCCUCAGCUCCACCUCUCUUCCCUUUUGUGGAAUUGUCUGGGCUUGACGGAACCUGUGACACGGUCAAAAUGGUGGUGGUGGCCACCUCCCAUUUUAGCAGAAAAACUUGUUAUUGGACCCUAUGGAAACCCAUUGUCCAUAUAUUAAUGUCGAUAAUUCUUACUAUAGAAGUAAGAGGCCAGGCUCCUUUAUUUAUAUACAGCACGUUUCGUACACAAAGGAAAAUCAAUGUGCUGAAGGUCUCACAGACUGUGUUACUUAUUGAAAUAUAAAAUCUACUUGCAAAGAUUUAUAUAGAAAUUAGUUCCGACAGGUAGUUUACCUGUAGGAACCUGUAGUUCCUACAGGUAAAUGCACAGUAGACUGAUCAAACAAGCAAAGAGAUAAAAUAAACAAGUGAAAACAUUAAUC